AUGUUUCUUCGUUCCUUGCUGUCUAUCAAUCGAUGUUCUCUAUUAUCACUUGUUCGUACUCAUUCUACAACAUCUAACACCACACAUUUCGGUUACGAUGAAGUACCUGAACAUGAAAAACAAGCACGUGUCAAUCAAGUCUUUACAAAUGUUGCUGAUAAGUAUGAUCUUAUGAACGAUAUCAUGAGUUUUGGUGUACAUCGCGUAUGGAAAAAUUAUUUCAUUCAAGUUGUUCGUCCUAAUCCAGAAUGGAAUUAUAUUGAUGUUGCUGGUGGAACAGGUGAUAUAGCAUUUCGUUAUCUCAAAGAGCUCAAUCGUUUUCAUCCAUCAUCAUCAUCAUCUGUGUCACCGCCAGAACCAUCACCACAGACAACUAGCGCAGAGUCGUCUGAAAAAACACUUGUUUAUCCAACGUCAAAAUGUGUUGUUGCUGAUAUUAAUGCCAAUAUGCUCGCUGUUGGUAAACAACGUUCUUUGGAAAACAAUCUUCAUGAUCGUAUACAAUGGGUUGAAACCAAUGCUGAAAAAUUACCAUUUCAUGAUAGUCAAUUUGAUGUAUAUACAAUCGCGUUUGGUAUUAGAAAUUGUACACAUAUCGAUCGUGUUGUAUCGGAAGCAUAUCGAGUAUUGAAAAAAGGUGGACGAUUUCUGUGUUUAGAAUUUAGUCAAGUUAAUAAUACAUUGUUACAAUAUUUUUAUGAUCAAUAUUCAAAAACAUUUAUACCACCAAUGGGACAAAUCAUAGCUAAUGAUUGGAAAUCUUAUCAAUAUUUAAUUGAAUCUAUACGUGUUUUUCCGAAACAAACUGAAUUUGCUGAUCUAAUACGUUCAUGUAAUUUUCGUUAUGUUAAUUAUGAAAAUUUAUCAUUUGGCAUUGCAGCCAUUCAUUCGGGAUAUAAACUUUAG